AAAUAUAAAUUUUAUUUCUAGUAAUAUGAAUUGUGUUUUUCCCCCGAGUUUAUAUUAUAUGAUAUCUGUUCAUAUGUUCAGCUCCUCUUCAAUUUCUUUCACGUGUAUGUAUGAUUGAAUGAAUGAAUAUGUGUAUGAAACAGUUCAUUCAAGUUGUACACCAUUAUUUCAUUGGUGAUUUCUUUUCUUUCAAUAGAGAAAUGUAUUUAAGACUUUCUUUAUUAUUUCAAGAGCUCUACUUGUAUUUAUUAUUUAUUUAUUUGAACACAUGAAUAUUGGUACAAGAGAGCGCCAAUAUAUAUGCGCCACACAAAACAAUGAGAAUUCGAAGAGAAGUAGAAAAAAAACUAAGGAGCGCAAAAGAAAAAGAGAACAAUGACGAAGAGAUUGGAGUAAGGUAGUGUGGUAGUAACGACGGAACGAAAAGGUACAAUCAGAAGAAAUCUUUCAGGUAAAGGAGACACAACCACUUUUUAUGAAGAAAGUGAAAGAAGGUUACAGCAGGAUCGCCACUGGCUUCUAUUCUGAGCCAUAUCUGAUAACGUCUCUAGCCACUGUGUAGCACCAUCUCUCAGACCCCAACCAGGGAGUCGUGAAGGACCAACAGAAGCCAAUCCUUUGCAGCUUUCUUUCAUACCACGACACCAUGUCAUGCACUGACCACCUCUCCGCUUCUUCCAACCAGUCCCAGAGUCGGAAAAUAAUGCACGACGUGGAAUUCUCUGGGACGACAUUCGGAGAACAUGUCCAAGCCACCGAAGUCGGUGUUUCAAGAUGGUGACACCAAUUGAAUUAUCACCUCUGUGCUCUACUUGACAAUUCAGUUUAAUAAAGUAGAAGUCUACUUUUGAAUAACUUUGCCAGUAUUGUUUAACUCCAAUUAGUACCUAAUACGGAGUAUAAUGAAAACGAACUAUCACUGGCUUUCAGUUUAUUUUGAAAACACUAGUUAAUAUUUUUGGUUGAAAUGGGAAAAAAAUCUUUUUAAGAAUAAGCACAUUACACUAGUUUUCUAUAUAGCUCCCUAAACUAUGAAAUCCUAAAUCCUACACAAAUGACUAACUUCUAAGUAAUGAUUGUCUGAUUAGGAUUUCAGUUUACGGCUUACUACUGGUUUAAAUUAAAAUCUGUUGGUAACUAAAUUCUGCGGUAAAAGUAUACUAUACUGACGACCUUGGACAAAUUUUCACUCAAUAAGGAAAUGCUGACUAGUUAUAAAACAAUUAGCAAUACAAACCAGUGAAAUAACAGAGGAGUAAUAGCUUUAAUCUGAAUAAUUAAACAUCUCCAAACCAUAAUCUUUCCGAUUGCUGCUUAUACUUUUACUGUCUCUACCACUACGGGAUUUAAAUCGACAACUGCAUCUCUGUGCUAAUGUGGUGUGGCAACUCGAACUGAUGUACCUACGUACGAAGUUCUACGUUGUUAUUGACUGACUAGAAUUAAACCACAUAUGUCAAAUUAUCCCUUUUAGUGAAGUAAAUAGGUCAAGUAUACACAUAUAAAUACAAAUUAAGAGUCGAGCUAGUAUUAUCACCCCUUAGAGUUUUCGUCACUAACUGACAUCAGCGAUAAUGCAAAAUGUUUAGUGUUAGGCAUUAUAGGUUUAGCAGGAGUUCUGAGAAGGGUUUACAAAGUCGGGUUUUCUUCACGAACUGACUUCAGCUAUGAGGUAACAUUUUGUCAACCUUCUGUUUAUGAACCUAGUAAACUUAGAAUUAAUAUUUAAAAUAAGGGUUAGUGGGGGAGAACACUAUCUAGCUCCACAAAGCACUCGACUACGCAUCGAAUCGUGUAAAUUACCUUAAUACACAAUCUGCCCAAGGAGCAAGUAUAUUUUUCGUAGUUUAGCUUGAGCAUCAUCUUAAGUUCACUUUUAGGUUACACAAUAGAUACUUUUGUUAAUUUUAAGGACCAAAUAUUUCAAAUACGUUUUACUUUAUUAAUAAUAACACACAAGAUAUAUAUCAUCGCACUUUAAAUUUUGCACAAAAUACAUGAGGCGUUAUCUUAGUUCUGACUGGUUAGCCCAAGAUCACCAGUAUACUAUACUUUCACCAAUUCUGCCCACUGAUGUGCAACGUUAACCAAAUUAAAAAUUCAAAAGUCAGAAAAUACUAAUUUCAAGACCAAAUAAUUAGCUACUAGUAAACUUGAAGGGUUCCUGGUGAUUGUGAAAUUUUAUUACUUGCACUACAAACCGGCUUCAGUUAAGACAACCAGUAGGAUCUCUGAAUCACUAGAUAAUUUUUCCGUCUCAGUAAACCACUCGAGCAGUGGACAUCUACAAUCCCGCAGUGAAUCGAAUCCAGAACCUCCAGGUCUCACAGCGAUCUCUUAACCUUUAGAUAACCGUGAGUGGAUUAAUGUUAGUAACUGUCUUGUUCUUAAACUCAGUACCGUUUACCUAUAAACACUUUUUAAGUGACGUUCAAACCUAACAUGUUAUCUCUAAACCGAUUAAUAAAAAUUCCGCUACCUCCUGGUGUCGACACCAAAACGUUCUGUUUGUAGUAACACAAUUCCUGAAAAUUUGUAAUAUGUUGAGAUUAUUGACUUUUGGAAACUGACUAACCAUAACAUGUUAGCCUGUAUUUCUUGAGUUCGUUCUUUUCAAGGUUCCAAAACUUGCAGUGUCCACUUAGUUGAAUGAUCAAUAACCUUGUGACGUGAAGAUAAUCAGAUCUUAAAAUGAAAUCAACCUGCUUUGUUAUUAAUUUCAUUGGCUAAAAUGACAUUAAUAAAAUAUACUUUUUCAAUUUCCAUUUAUGUCCGAAACUUGUACCCCCUAUAUGUAUGAUUAUAAUAUAUCUAUCUGUAGUUGUUAUGACUUGUAAUGCUAAUCGCUAUCACGUGUUAAAUUCAUCAAUUAGAAUUCCGACUAUAAUUUCCCCUAUCUUGCUUCUACUAUUUAAUUCAUAACCUGGCAUCCUAGACUGUACCAAUAACACUUCUGAUCUAAACCAUUAACCGUGAGCCAACAUGCUAAAGCUCUUCUCUAUGCCGCGCUUUGAGUUCAAAAAGUCAACAACCAGUUUAUUCAAUUAUGACCCAAGACUCGUACAGUAAUAUACUCGAAAUGACUGAUCACGUAGAACACCAAAUGCGAGACCAUACUUUAAACACAAUCAUACCACAAGUGGUGUUAAACACAGCAAAUAGCAGGUGGAAUCCAUAUUUAUAUUUAUUGCGAGAAGUUAAAAAGUAUUUACAUAAUGCCCAUACAAAGCUUCAAUUGUCCAUUUUCAUCUUUCGAUGUAUACUUCCAUCUGAACUGUCUUCGCGUCUUGUCUCCAAGUGUUCUGCCAACGCCGUGCUUUCGAUGCACUGAAACUCUUCACUCAGUUUGAUAAUUGUAGCAACUUUGACGUCACUUCUCGCAACACACUACUUACAAGCAAUCUUCUGAGUAGCGUCCACUACAGUGGUAGACGGAGGAAUAAACAGUGCAUACUUAGUUAACAGUAACUAAGAGAUAAUAAAAUGUAUAGCGACAGUUAAUAGGUCUGCUCAAAGCUUACGAUAAGAGAAUAUAGAAAUGCAAAAAUACAGUUAUCUAGUGCUUCUGUAAUGAAAAUAUAGGUAAUAAUAGUCCGAUAAGUAGUACCGAAAGUCCCAAUAUUCGUCCCAUUAUAACAGUUAAUAUCAUAUAAAUGUUGUCAGCUUUAAAACCGUCUCACAUCAGUAUCCACCAACCUUUUCCUCCCUGGUCCUGUCAUUCCCGAAUACUCGAAUUAACGUAUCGAAAGAUUUUAUUUUGAUUUGUAUUCAGUUAAAUGGUGACAUAUUAUUCAUGUAAAAUUAAAUAAACGUAGGACAGCAGCUAAGACGUUCCACCUUCAGUCACUAAGUCUCCUGUUCGAACUACGUUCUACUUCGGUUUACGCAGCUGGCUAGUCUCACUAGCCUUCAUAUUUAAAGUUUGACUCGAAACCAAAUGUUAGAAUCUGCACCCGGCAGUAAAUUAAUGCUAAAAUAAAUUCUGUUCAUCCGUUAUUCAUCGUUGAUAUACUUUUGUAUUGUUGUUAAAGAAUUUUUCUUACAAUUUAAAUUUUCUAACCAUAUUACUUAAAUGAUAGACAAAACAAUUUUGGUACAUGAUUCCCACCGGUCUAAAAUGAAUAGACACAAAGAACUGUAUGCAAAACAAUUUCAGCAUAAAGAAAACAAAUGGAGAGAUCUACUACACAAACGUUUUAUGGAAUCAAUGAAAUUGAAACGUACACAUUUUAUCGAUCACCUUCGAAACAUAUACAAUUCAGAACCAGAUAGUUUAACCGAUCAACUACUUCAAGAGAAAAGAGAACUUUUAAAAAGUUUGGUCUCAGGUAGUGAAGCGGAACAAUUGGAUCUGGAUAGUUUAAUCUUAUUACAAGACAGAGUUCUAGAUGAAUUAUCUGUUGAAAUUGAGGAAUAUUUCAACCCAGAAUUUUGGAAUAAUACAAAUAGUAAUAAUAAUGGUGCAAAUCAAUUUCAUUUGCCAAAUGAAUCUAACAGUGAAAAUGUUCUUUGUCCUUUAUGUCGAAUUGGCUAUUUAUCUAUGAGUAGUACAAUUCUCACUUGUUCUUCAUGCAGUUUAAAUCUAGAUACUCAAACUGAUAGUCUCAAUCUUACCACCAUAAAAAAUAGUUUAAUUGAUGCAGAAACAAAGCAUCAAGCUUCCGGUUGUUCCAAUACAUCACUACAUGCUUGGCUUAUUGAUCAAAAUACUAUUAAUUGUCAAUCACUUACACAAAAUGAUGACUCAAAUGUUAAUGACAUGCUUCACAAAUCAGCAGAAAUUGUCCAACUGUUAUGCGUUGGGUGCGACCAAUGUUCAUUCAUGGAAGUUGUUGUUUGAAACAAGUAGAUAAUUAAAGAAAUCGAAUUUUUAUUCCCAUUAUUUAUUUAUAUGUUUGUUGAAUGCAAUUAACGACUGAAACUGAAUUACUUCGAACUGAUGAUGUUCUGUUCUUUCUUCC